AUGUCGUUCGACCCAUUUUGUCGUGUUAGGAUUGAGGAGUGUGGUGAAACUAGAAAGGAAGGUGUUGAAGCUAGAAAUGAAGGUUAUGGGGUUGCUGCCCAAGUUAGGAUGAAAGUUAAUGGUGAGACUGUAAUGGAAGGUGUCAAGACUAGAAUACAUGGUGAGAUUGUAAUGAAUGAUGUUAAGUGUGAAAUUGUUAUGAAUAAUUUUGAGGGUGGUGUCAAGAGGGUAAUGUUAAAGCUUGAUAAGCGAAUAAUGGAGCAUCUUGCUCAAUGA